AUGCUUUCCGAUUCUACGCCAGCGUUGGUUGAAAACUUGGCGUAUCCAAUGUAUACGCUUCCCAUGGAUACGCUCCUCCGCAUGACCGCAGUCCGUCCACACGAGGAGCUCCUGAAUCAAGGGAGCUUGGUGGAGUUCGAGGAAGUUUUGGGUAGGGCGAUGUUCAUCUCGCACCAGUGGCUUGCCAAUGAGCAUCCAGACCCUGAGGCUCAGCAGUGGAAGGUGCUUCAAGAAGCGAUACGCAACCUGUAUUCCGGAAGGAGCCUUGUGACACUCCCAAUCCAAAGCGAGUAUUUCUACGGCCGGCAUUCCACCCUCUCGCGCGAGGACUUCCAAUCCAAGCCACUGUUCAUCUGGUACGACUACGUGUCGUGCCCGCAAGCUGCGGAUUCACGUGGCCAAGAGCAUCAGAAGCAAGCCAUUGACAGCAUCGUCUCCUACAUCGAGCGCUGCGUGUACUUCGUCGUACUUUGCCCCAAUCUGCCGCACAAGGAUCAGGGCUUCGUCCUGAGUGAAGCGACCUGGGCGGAACGUGGCUGGUGUCGUGCAGAACGCUUGGCACGGAAGCUCGCAGCCCGCGAGGACGGCUGCAUCCUCGUCGUGGAGAGCGCGAUGCGUCAAACGCUGGCGCUCCACACCGCGAGGCCUAUCGACGCGCCUGGCCUGGGAAAGUUCAGCGUGGAGUCUGAUCGGAGCCGGAUCGGGCGGGUCAUCUUGCAAAUGGUCUGGAAGAAGCUGCUGUAUUUUCUCGAGCAGGGAGACUUGCACAACUAUCGUUUCCUUCUGAACCAGCAGGCUGCCUUCUUCUUCGCGAACACAGACAUCGAUCCCAUUGAUGCCCUGGUUCCUUACUUCAAGUCCCAGGCCGACCCGUUCACAGCUCCGCUCGACGUGGCGGUGGAGUGGUUUCUUCAUCAGAACGGCUUCCAGGAGCCCAUUUCGCGAGACCCAGCUGGAUGGACUCCACUGUGUUAUGCUGUGAUGGCUGGGAGCCCAUCCCUCAUUUCUGCACUUUUGGAGCGCAAAGCGGACUGCAACGAUCGGAUCAGCAAGCAUAAGAAGGACUUCAUGUUCCCGAAGGGUAUGUCAGUCCUCGCUCUUGCUGCGUACUUCCACAACACCGGGGCGCUGCAGGUGCUCCUGGCUGCCAGGGCGAGUCUCUAUGCCUGCGACAGCCAUCGGAAGACUCCGCUUCAUUGGGCCUGCAUCUCCGACAACGACACCGCCGUUCGAGAGCUUGGCGAAGCGCAUGCCGACUUGGGGCAACACGCCAUUCCAGGAGUUGACCCGUUAAACCUUGCCUGCGCCUUUGGCUCUGUGGGUGCCAUGACGGAGCUCUUCGGCCGGCACCAGCGCUUCUGCUUACAGAACAGCCUGCACUUCGCUUUGGGCAACGAAGGGGGCUCUGCCCAAGUCAUCUCCACUUUGAUUCAAGCCCGCGCAGAUGUGAAUGACAAGUUCCACACCAUAAACGGUCUUUGGCGAUUCAUCAUCUUCACGCAAGGCCUGCGCCACAAGUUCAGUCCGUCCUUGUUGACCACCUUGUCGCCCCCCGAACUGCAUUCGAGCAGGUGGAGACUUCGGAUUUGA